AUGUCGGUCUUUAAGCUUCACAAAGAUGAAGGGUUCGGGGACUCCGUGGAAGUGACUUUAACAAGGGACAUCAAGGAAGAGCAACUUCAGAAUUGGGCUCCCUUCAAGAACUGGAAAUCCACCUUGCGGACGAACCUGGAGGCCCAAGCCGAUCCAAAGCAUGUGCAUAACCUCGAUCCAUACUCCCUGCAAUCCAUCACUAUUCAGUCGGUAGACUGGUUCGGGAACAGAAUUGGUUUUAUCAAGCUAUACGCUGAGAUUCAGAACAGCAAAACAGAUCUGCCAGGUAUUGCGUUCUUGCGAGGCGGAAGCGUCGCAGUAUUGAUGGUCUUACGUCCUGAGGGUACGAAGGACGAGCGAUAUGUCAUUAUGACCGAACAGCCCCGAAUUCCAGCGGGCAGUCUUCGGUUCUUGGAGAUUCCGGCGGGAAUGUUGGACGGAGAGGUGGGUUUCCGUGGGAAGGCUGCGGACGAAAUCGAUGAAGAAACUGGCAUCAAGAUUCGCGCUGAGGAGCUGAUCGACCUGACCGGUCUCGCUCUGAAGAACUCGAAAGUCCAGGACGAAUUGCAGCCCGCCAUGUAUCCCAGUGCUGGUGGAUCAGAUGAGUUCAUUCCGAUAUACCUAUGGGAGAAGGAGAUGGAUCGACAGAGAAUCGUGGAUCUUCAGGGACAACUCACUGGUAAGCGGAUGCAAGGUGAGAUGAUCACACUCAAGGUCACAGACUACGAGGAGCUGUGGAGGGAAGGCGCGCGUGAUGCAAAGACCCUAGCAGCUUGGGCGCUAUACGAGGGCCUGAGCCGUGCAGGCAUCCUUCAACCUGAAAUCGACAGGCUCAAGAAGGCGUCUGGUUCCAGCACGCCAAUCGAAUCGUAG